CCUCUCAUUUGUUUUUCUUCAAACGUAGGCAUCUGGGUUUUGCUGCAGGUAACCUUCCACAACCUUGAACAUGGCCAAGCUUAUUUCUUUCCCUUUCUUGCGAUCCUCCUCAGUCGGCGGCUCGUCGCCCUUGGUGACGUAGGUGGCCUUGAUCUUCCCGAUGGUUCCCCCGUCGGGUCCAGGGGCAAACUCCAUCUCGUACGAAAUGCUCUCGAUCUUCUCGUUCAACAGGUCUCCCUCCAG